GCCUCUGAAGUCACUGGAGUGUAGGAACUGUUAAUUAUCUCUGGAUGGAGCGAGUUAUGACUUGUCCGAAGUAGUUGUAAUUGUUACAGGUGUUUUCGGGUUCGUGUACAUGAAGUUAUGUGCCUGCAGAUUCUAGCUAAGCGAAGAAAUUCACACUGCCGUUGUUGACGUGUUUCUUCAUAAACGGGGAAAGCCACAGCUCUGAAAAGGCAGAGGACAGGAGAAUAAUGUCUUGUGGAGAAAGAGUUACUGAUGGAAAUGAUCAUCUAUUUACCUCAAGUAAUGGUAAAAGGAGAAGGUCCAAGAAAAGAAAGAUAUACAAACCUUUCAUUGAACAAGAUGUACAGAACAGAACCUCUGGUGGGAGGUAUUCAGUAAAAUUUAAUCCAAAAGUCGAGUUUCUGAAACCACGAGAUUUGAGAUUUCAGUGGAACAGUGAUCAAUAUAAUUUAAGUAUCCAAAACAGUGAUACACUACUCAGUAUUAUUUUGCACAAGAAUGUUGGGAAGAUAGAUGGCAAUCCAACUAAGAAUAUAAAUAAUGACUUUACACACCUAAAGACGGUGUUACAAAGUUUAAUCAGGAAGCACCGCAGUACUCAUUACAAAGAAAUAUUAAAGCGCUGCACAGGGAACUCUGAAAUGCCACUUACAGAUAAAGAACUAUUUGGAUUUCUCAAUGUAACUAUCAGUAAAACAUUCCCAAAAGCUCUACUAGGCACACUGUACAACAAAAAGCAGAUACUGAAGUUUGUGCAUAGAUUAACACUAUCAUCAGCAGAUGCUGUUCAUGACCUGGUACCUCUUAUUUGUCAUUUAAAUAUGAAGUCAAUAUCCUGGCUGAAAGCUAUAUCAUCCUAUGAAAUGAAGAAGUGCCUGUUGUUAAAGGUGGUAACAUGGAUAAUGCAAGACUUCAUUUUUAUUUUAUUCCGAUCAUACUUUUAUAGUUUGGGUUAUAACAAGAAAUUAGUAUUUUACACAAAGCCAGUGUGGAAAAAACUAUCACAAAAGGCUGUCAAGCAUCUCAUUGAUUCAGAGCAGUUUGAACCCAUUUCUCCGAACCAGGCACAAAUAAUUAAAACCUCAGGAAAGAAUGCACCAUCAACAGCAAGAGCCGAUUUUAGACCAAAAUUUAGCUCUCUGAGGCCAAUAUUUCCUCUCAGGUUUGACGAUGGUCAGCUUGAAACUUUAAAGGAAUCGCGUCUUCUCCUGCAGCAGUUAUCAGAUCAGUUUCAUGAACUGAGCUUAUUCCGUGGUGCAGACUUCAAUCAUAGCUGGAGCUUGUUGUACCAUUACUGGAAUUUGCAAGGGCGCAAGAAAAUGUAUUUUGUGAAAGCAGAUAUUUCAGAUGCAUUUGGUUCAAUUCUCCACAGCAAAAUGUUCUCUGUGCUAAGAAAACUACGAGACAUCUACAUUCCUGAGGAUGGUGUUUUACGAAAAGUGACUGGAAGAGUAUUGGGGCAGAAACCACAAGAUUGGUUUGCUAAUAUUCCGUACAGAAGACAAUGUAGGUGGUCUGCAUAUUGGAUAAGUACAGUGGAGGAAAGUGAUGCUGAAUGGCUUCUUCAUAGUGCAGUUGAAUACAUGCGUUCAGUUACUGUACAGACAUCUAGGAAACAUAUUUUCCAUGUUGUAAAGGGAAUACCGCAAGGAGGUUCUCUCUCUUCUGUUCUGUGUGAUUUGUACUAUGCAGACUUUGAUCACACACACAUGAGAGAAUUUCUGUCACAUGGUUACCUUUUCAGAUAUGUGGAUGAUUACUUGUAUGUUACAGAGGACAAAGAAUGGGCUGAACAAUUUCUAGAAGAAACAAAGCAUAAUUACCAGGAUUACAAUUUCUCAUUUAAUCAGGCCAAAACACAGACAAACAUCAACAACUGUGUGAAAGAAAUCCAUUAUUUAGGAAAUGUGAUAAAUUGUGAUACAUUAGAAGUAACACAAGAACAAAAUGAAGAUAAACUUCGUGAUAUACGCAACACUGUUAUUUCAGGGAAAAAGUACUCCUGUGGCAGGUACCUUGAAACAGUGAUGAAGACCCAGUUUCUCUCCAUGAAACCCAUUAUGUUGAAUUUAAAAGUUAAUUCAAGGAAAACUGUCCUAAUAAAUGUCUUUGGAGUAGCACUUCUUGCAGCAUAUAAAUUCAGUGAAGUGAUACGAAAGACAUUCACUUUCAUUAAUGUACAGUUUAUCUUCAGCACAAUUGUAAAAUCCAUAAGAAUUGAGACACGCAGAUGUGUGAAGAUCAGCAAAAGAAACUGUGGAAUGUCAUUGAAUAUACAAAUAAUUUCAUUGGUCAUGUAUGUGGCAUUUUACAUGCUGCUGCCCAGUAAAGAGGACCUUCAGACAGUCCUGGGAAAGAUAAAGAGAUUGAUAACAAGACUGUCACGCCAGAUAUCAGAAGAUGUGAGAGAAGACCUAGCUAUUGUAUUGAGUGAAAACAUACCAAGGCCCUUUCAAACAAGCCUGGAAAUUAAGCGCAGAGUUAAAAUCAAUCUUAAAACAUUAAAAAUGCCUGUUUCUGUUACUGCUCAGUAAGCAGUAUGACCAAGAAGAAAAUGGUCUUCAUGUGAAACUGUGAAAAUAUUCUAAAUAUUGUAUUUAAAGUUAAAUGAUUAUUUGGAUCAUAUAUAGUUUUUGUACAAUAGGUUUUGGUCCAAGCAUAUUGAAAUGGUACUGGCAUUAAGUGGAAUACAAAUGGAUAUAUCUUGAAACCUUUUGUUGAGGAAGCUGCAUUAUCUUCAAACAGGUUGACACAUAAUCUUCUGAGUCCUUUACAUAGACUGUAAACCGUGAUGGUGUCAUGGCUUACCUUAUUCCAGUGUUAUAUUACUGCUUUCUGUGUCAUUUAAUAUAACAAACCUACAAAACAAACUAUAAACUCUGCAGUUAUUCUCUACUGUGCACAAUCUAUUAUGUGAAAUAAAACAUAUCAAGAUGGUGGAUAAUGCAAAUUGCAUCCUUGGUAGUACCACAAAUAUAAGCAUUAAUAGUGAGAAAAAUGUGUUAAUAUGUUAAGAAAUGCAGCAUUUAUUGUGAUCUUAGUGCAUUCAGUGUUGUGUUAUGUUAUUGCUCAAUGAGCAGGAAGACUGAAGGUGCAAUCACUUACAGACAAUUACUUCAGUACUGUUCACUAUAUACAAGUGUCCAUUUGAAGAUUUUUGCUAAACAAAUUACCUUGGCAAGCUUUUAUGGUCAAUACUGUCACAUACCACUUCAGAAGACUUAUUGUAUAAAUAAAGAGAGUAACUUUUAGUGUGAAACAGA